GAACAAAGCCAGCAGUGCAUUGCAUCCCGCCCAUAGAGCGGAGCAGCUACGUCAAGAGAAUUUGGGAUGCGCCCUGGGUCUGUGACUGCCUGGAAACUCUCACCCGUCAGUACAACUUUUUGGAAGUGGCGCUGGAGCUACCAACCUUAAUGUGAAAGAAGUUCAUUGAAAUCAAAUCGAUGAAAAACUUUGCAAAAUAAUAAGAAUUUAUCAAACUUUGAAUCAUGUUUUACGCAAGCUGACAGGAGAAUUACGCACGACUAAAAAACACUUCGGUUUACUGAAACCAUCCGACUUUUUUCCUCUAUUGCAAAUGCAGUAAGGAUGUUGGCGAGAAAAAGCAUCAUCCCGGAGGAGUUCUCCCUACCGGGGCUUGCUUCUAGGAUCCACCGCAAACCAGUGUUCAGGGACCGGGUGAACAAAGCCCGCUUCAUCGCCAAGAGCGGAUCCUGCAACUUGGCGCACAAGAACAUCCGAGAACAGGGAAGAUUCUUGCAAGACGUCUUCACCACUCUGGUAGACCUGAAAUGGCGCUUCACCCUGGUCAUCUUCACCAUGACUUUUCUGUGCAGUUGGCUCCUCUUCGCCAUGUGCUGGUGGCUCGUGGCCUUUGCCCAUGGAGACCUUGUACCCAACCGCACGUCUGGCAUUGAGCAGUGCGUCACCAACGUCAAGUCAUUCACCUCAGCCUUCCUGUUCUCCAUCGAGGUCCAGGUGACCAUCGGCUUUGGCCACCGUAUGAUCACAGAACAGUGCCCCACGGCCAUCGCCGUCCUCAUCUUCCAGAACAUCGCUGGCCUCAUCAUCAACGCCAUUAUGCUGGGGUGCAUCUUCAUGAAGACAGCCCAGUCGCACCGCCGCGCCGAGACCCUCAUCUUCAGCCGCAACGCCGUCAUCGCCGUGCGAAACAACCGCCUCUGCUUUAUGACCCGUGUGGGCGACCUCCGCAAGUCCAUGAUCAUUGGCGCUGCCGUCCGCCUCCAGGUGGUACGCAAGACCACCACCCCCGAAGGUGAGGUCAUCCCUAUCCACCAGAUCGACGUGCAAACGGAGAGUGCCGCGGCAAGUAACUCCAUCUUCCUCUUGGCGCCACUCAUUAUCUGCCAUACCAUCAAUAAGGACAGUCCACUGUACGACCUGUCAGCCAUGGAGCUGCAGUGCAGCGACCUGGAGGUGAUUGUGAUCUUGGAGGGCGUGGUGGAGACCACGGGCAUCACCACCCAGGCCCGGACCUCCUACGUCACCGAGGAGAUCCAGUGGGGUCACCGCUUCGUGCCCAUCGUGACCGAGGAGGACGGGGUGUACUCGGUGGACUACUCCAAGUUUGGGAACACGGUCAAGGUGGCGACGCCGAGGUGUUCGGCCCGCGAGCUGGACGAGAAGCCCUCCAUACUCAUCCAGACGCUGCAGAAGAGCGAGCUGAGCCACCAGAACUCACUGAGGAAGAGGAACUCAAUGAGGCGGAACAACUCCAUGAGGAACGGCGGCGGGAGCUCCGGCACCAUGCGGAGGAACAACUCGGCCCUCACCGUGCCCAAAGUGCAAUUCCUCACCCCUGAGGCGGUGGGCCAGAACAUGGCCGUCACAUGACACGAGGCCUGGCUCCCAUUGGCUGUCCUGCUCUUCCUGGGUGGGACCUCCCAUGUUUAUCCUCUGGCUCAGUUAGAGCUGACUCUGGUCCUGUUCCCAACACUCUGCCACAUAUACAGUAGUCAAUGCUAUACCUGACACACACAAUGCCCUGUUAUUACUAUUGUUGUGAGGAUGGAUUUAACCGGUUUUAGUUACUGAUUAGUGUCUCAUUUUCAGUCUGGUGCCUUUGCCUUUGUCUGGUUCUAAGCUGUAAUAGGCAUCCACAAGUUUUACUUUAUGAUGUAAAUGCCUUUAAACAUGUAAUAACUCUUUGUAUUGCUUUGUACUGAAUGCUGUACUCAUCACUGAAUCCAUGUGAUGAUGUAAUUAGCUCUUUAAUGUUACCGUGACCAAAGAGCAUAUUAUUCCAGAUGAUAAUGGCCAACUCCUUUCUAAUAGUAGAAGAAAAGGAUGUUUUGAUAUCAGCUGCAACGUAUUACACACCAACCGGGUUCCUCAUUCUUAUCAGAACCUUUAAUAAAGCAUUAACUUCAGUACUGUAUGAACAUUGGACUGUUUCUGGAAACUGUCACAGUAAAUAGAUCCCCUAUAAAACUGA